AUGAUCCUUCCAGCAAAGAGCAUAUCAUCUAAAUCUUCGUCUCUUCGACACACAUGUGCUGUCAUCGGUGGUGGAAUAGCCGGCCUGAGCUGUGCCCAUCAUCUAUCCGAUUCCUUUGCUGUUACCUUAUUUGAUACAGGGCGUCUACGUCCAGGAGGACGGGCUUCGUCAAGGCUUCCGGGAGACCCAGCUAAGAAAGAUGACCUUGGUGAGCAUCAUCACAUUUCGAAGUGCGUCGUCGACCAUGCGGCGCAGGUGCUAUUUGUUCCCGACCAUGAGGCCCGCUUCGCCGAGUUUUCGAGGCAAGUCAAAGACUGGGAGAGAAUUGGUGUUGUUACCCGGUUUCCGGAGGGAAGUCUAUACAAUAUUUACAGUCGAUCGUCCACAAAGAAGUGCAUUGAGUUGGAACCGUUCGUCGGUCAGCCAGCUUACUUUGGGUCAUCUACGAUGGGAAUCGCAUCGAUUUCCAAUGCCCUGGCUGAGACAUCUAACUUUGAGAUUCAGCAAAAUGUUUGGGUGUCUCCUUCAAAUGGUGCGCGAUACAUGCCUAAAACAAGACAGUGGAAAGUGACAGCUUCUGGAAAGGUGCUGGGCUACUUUGAUAGACUCAUCGUGGCUCACAACGGAAAAUGUGCCGAUCGCCUCAUGUCCAAGACGCCAGCAAAAGCCAUUCAUGAUCUAUUACGCGUGAACUUUGCUCCAUCGGUCCCACAGCAUGGGGGCAAGCGAAUGACGCUCAACUCGAUUUACAGUUUAACAAUUGCCCUACCGAAAAACUCUGCCAUCGCGGCUUGUCUCCCGGCGAAUUUCUUGGGAGGCUUCAUUCAAAAUGACAAAGCUCUUCGGUUUCUAUCAUGCCAAAGUCGCAAGUACGAAUCAAUGGAAAAAGACGUCGAGAUUUGGACGAUAUUAUCCUCUUCCAAUUUUGCAAAAUCGCACAAAGCACCUCAAGAGUUUCUUCCGAAUGAAGUUGUCGAAGAAGUCACGUUGCUGCUUAUAGAAGCAUUAGAGAGUUUAUUUGGGGUAACAGUUGGGAGCAUUAAGCCAAUAGAGAGGCGACUGCAAUUAUGGGGAGCUGGCGUCCCGCUGAAUACUUGGGAAAAUGGCAAAGGAUUUCUUUAUGAUGCGGAAUCUGCCGUUGGCGUCUGCGGUGAUUGGCUACUCGAUUCGUCAAUUGCUGGGGCUUGGACGAGCGGCCGUUUGCUUGCGGAUCAUUUGAAAACGAAGGAAGCGGUGAGUGCCGGGUUUGACGGUACGUUCGUCGCUUCUCAAGGCGCAAGUAACACCGGAAUUGCGGCAAUCAACGAAAAGUUCCGUUAA